AUGGCAAACCUUCAAAAACGUCCGGUUAUUCGAACAUACGAUGUUAAAUGGUAAGUUACUAUUUUUGAUUAUAAGUUAGUGUUUUUGCACGUCGAAGUAUAUACUGUUUAUGCUGUUUUGUACUAAAAACUAUGGUAAUAUACAACUGUUUUUAAUGUACUACUAAUUUUUGUUAACUUCAGCACCUAAACCUUAUAGUAAGUGGUUUAGGUACUGAAUGUUAUGUUGAAAUAAAUUUCUUUAUGUAAAAUACGGCAUGUCUUAUUAAUUUUCAGGAACCUUGUAGAAAUGCCAUUUUUUAGGCAGCCGAUGGACAAAAAGCCAAAAAUAGAAGACUUAAAAAGGUUUUGCGGCAAAGAACAUCGAGCAAAGGAACGAAAAACAGGUAGGAACUUUGAAAAAUUAAAGGUUUUGUAAAAUACGAAUUCUCAUAAUUGUACCUAAAAUCGGUUUAUAAAUAUUAAAUAGUACUAAAAGCCCAAAAAAGGUACUGUUAUGUUAAAACUUACCAAUUCAAACUUUAUUACAAUUUAGUACCAUAAUACAACUAAAUUAACUAAAAAAUAAAAAAAAACCGUUAAAAAAUCCGCAAAUGUCCAAAAACCGAAGAUCCGCAAGUGUCUAAAAACCGCAGAUCCGCAAAUGUCCAAAAACCGCAUUUGUCCUAGCGCCGUAAAAUCUUAUAUUUAUCGACCACACAUACCCAAAAAAUAAUGAAAUAAACUCCCAUUUUCAGCCACUAGAUCAGUGUACCUAACCUACUUCGAAGCCAAUAUAUGCAAAUUAUGUGGAAAUGAAGUCAAGUCCCUAACAGCUUCAAUGGCACAGCGUCAUCUACGUCGGAACCACUCUGAUAUUCUUAACAACAUUGAUGUCCACAACUCGAAUGAAGAAGAGAAAAUCGACCAGUCAAAUGUGAAGAAUCUCCUUGAUCUGAUCAGUAGUUCUGGAAUCAAAGUUGAAGAUUCUGAAGCCACUUUUGAUGAGUUUAAUGGUCAAAAUGUAGGUUUGGAUCAUGAGUUAUUGAAGACGGAUUCAGAAGGUUUUAAUAUGGAUUCAGAAUCAUUAAAUAUGGGUUCAGAAGGCGUUAAAGUCUAUUCAGAAGGCUUAAAAGUGGAUUCAGAAGAAUUGGCGGUAGAUUCCAGUGAAGCAAACGAUGUUACGGCGAAUCCUGGAGACUUAGAAAGUUUUGCCGAUGAAAAACCGCUUCAAAAGACAUCAGAAUCCAGAAAAUCUUAUUCCAAACGGCAAAGACUUGCGUCAACUCAAAGCGACCGGUCGAAAAGUGUGGAUUUGAUCGAGAUGUUCACCAAGAAGUCGAAAGGACCAUAUAUGACGAGAGAUUGGUCAAAAGUUACGGAGCUACCUGAAGAACGGUCGAAGCUACGUAAUUUGUCAUAUAUCGUUGACAAACUCGACCGGUCGAUAUCAUCGCUUAAACAAGAAAGUUCCAAAAAUCGGUCAAAGAAGCCAUCACGGUCAAAGAACUCAAAAUCGACUGGAGAUCAGUCCAAAAUCAUGAAUUUAUCGGAACUUGCACAGAAACUCGACCGGUCGAUAUUAUCCCUGCCAGAAGGUAAACUAGAGAAGGUGUUAAUGCCUGAAAAGUCAUCGUUAAGGUCGAAAAGUGCAGAGUUACCGGAAAAUGGUUUGAACUUAACUGAUAGUUUGAUAAGACUUCUGGAGAACGACGAAGAUUCGAAUUUGUCAGUGUGUGAGGACUGUCUGACGCCCUCCUCCUCCCACACGAUCUCUCCUCCCGCGACCGCUUGGAACUCGCUUUUCUCUCGGAAAAAUGGACAAAACUCGCUUGGAAUUGGCUCAAACAUGGACGAGAGACAAUGGAAAAUCAAGGUAAAAUACGGUCUCUGUUUUUUAUUUUGAAAUAUUUAGUUUUAUUUUGAAAAAAUGAAGUUUUGAGGGCAAAAAGGGCCAAAAUUCAAGAUAAAUUUGUGUUUUGGCUAAAGUUUUUGAGGAUUUAACACUUUUAGCGUUGUAUUUAUAACUUUAGGAGUUUAAAAGCUAAGUUAAAACCCUAUAUAAGCUUUUUUGUAAUGUCAUUUUAAUUUUAAAGUUCGUUAGAGCUUCAAAAAUGAGGAUUUUAGUGAAAAAAUGGCCUAUACUUUUUACUAAUAUUAGGUAAUAUUAGGAAAAUAGGGGAUUUCAUCAGAAUUUUAAUUGAUUUUAACGCUUCUUAUUCUAGUUUCACACUUUGAGGGUUUUUUAAAAGUAAAUUCAAUUAUGAAUUUAAAUUUUCAAUGUCACAAUUACUCUAAAAAUCGUGUUAUUCUAGACCAACCGAGCCCUAGUAGUAGAAUUAAUGAACAAAUUCUAUGACUUGGGAUGGGUUUUUGGUUCAGGUGGUGCCAUGUGUCUUCGUGAUGGUCCUGAAGAUGACAUUUUUGUUACGCCAUCAGCAGUUCAGAAGGAUCGGCUUUCGGAAGAAGAUAUGGGAGUUGUCAGUCCGUUGGGGGAAGUGCUACUGGCUCCUGAAGCACCAAAUGUCAUAUCAUCGUGCUUUAAGCUGUUCUCUACUAUUUUUGCGACUCAUGGUAAGGAUUACUGUAGAAAGUAUAGAAAUGAGAGAAAAUGAGGAGUUAUGGUAGGGAAGGGUAUUUUAGUAGAUACUUAUCAAUACGGGAUGUACUGUAGUAGGUACUGUAGAUUUACUGUAGUAAAAAAGGGUUUUCUAAUACUUUUUCAUUUUUUGUGUUAUAAUUAGAUCCUUCGAAAAUAACGUAUUUUACUUUUUUACAGAGCAAACCCACAGCCAUAACGUACUGAACUCGGUGAUCCACAGUCAUUCAGUUGAAUCCAAUCUAAUGGCUUCGUUUCCAACCGAAUCUCCGUAUAAGGCCGUCAGAUUUGACACAGAAGAAAUGCUCAAAGGCAUUAUCAACAGAUCGACCGGUCGACCAUACUCGAACACCGAACCGUGUUUAAUACCAGUCAUUGAAAAUGCGCCAAGCGAAGGAGCUCCUGAGGUAUGGGCAGAUUAUUUUUAUUUUUUUGGGGGGGGGGUGUUUAUUAGAGGUAAAAUAUUGGUCUGGGUAGGUUACCUAUAAUAGUGCGUAUAGUAUAAUACUUGGUAAAUCACUUUUGGUAUUAACUGGCUGGUACCCCCUAGCCCGAGUAUUGAAUUUAAAAAUUUUUAAAUUCAAAAAUGUUUCAGUUCUCCGAUCGAAUCCGUGAAGCCAUGACCUUGUACCCAGAGUGCAGUGCCGUUUUGGUUCGAAAUCAUGGCGCAUUUUACUUUGGCCGUGAUUGGAAAGAGACCAAAAUCAUGGCAGAGAUAUUCGAAUACCUUUUCAAAUUAAAUUUGGAGAAAAUCAAGUUUGCACCGAAUUUUAAAAAUGAGAUUUUUGUUUUUUAG